AUGCGACUGUCCCAUCUUUCUCUCUUCAGAUCCGAUGCUCCUUCACACAAUUCCCUAGAAUCAGCUUCGAUGGACGAGUCCGACUCCGAUGCGGAGCCUGCGCGCGGCACGACUCGCUCUGCCCCUGCCGCCGGUGCCAACGAUGAUGACAAGUAUCCUGUCGACGGCAUGUUCAUGAGCGAGGCGGAAAAGGCCGAGAUCAUGGCCAUGCGAGAAGUCGAGCGAGAGCAGAUCAUCGCGGAGCGAGUUUCUGAGAUAGAGCGUCAGCGACAAAACCGCCUUUUGCGACAGAUGGUCAACAACGUGGAGAUUGAGGAGCGCAAACAGGUCAAAAAGAAGCGCAGCGCCGACACGGCUGAGCUCGAGGACGGCCUGCGCAAGGCAUCGAGGACGAAGACGGGCAAGAGCGGCGAGUCGGCCAUUGAUUCCUUUCGCCGGGCUCGUGCCGAGAAGCAGAGACGACAAGAGGACCGAGAGAGGCGGAGGGAUGACGUGUCGCCAGAUGGCCGUGAGUCUAGAGAUCCAGAGGACAGUGACGAUGAGUUUGGACAGACGCGCACUCGCUCGCCGGAGAAAGCUGCAGCUAGGGAGCUGCCGCCACCGGAGCUUCGCGACUUCGAGAGGGUCCGUCUCGGCCGCAACGAGUUUGCGCAGGUUUGCUCUACCCCUGGCUUCGAGGCGGCCAUCACCGGAUGCUACAUCCGCAUCGCUUUGGGGCCGCACCCCGAGACGGGUAUCGAGCAGUAUCGCAUGGCUCUGAUCAAGGGAUUUACAACCAGCCGACCAUACGCUUUAAACGGCCCUCAAGGCUCUUUCGUAACCGACCAAUACGUCAAGGCUGCUCACGGCAAGGCCGUAAAAGAAUUCCCCUUCAUUGCAGCGUCAGGUGGCUCGUUCACAGAGGCCGAGCUGAACCGAUACAAAGUGACGUGCAAUAACGAUGGUGUCCCGUUGCCUACCAAAGAAUUCCUGGUCAACAAGAUUGAUGAUAUUAACGCCUUGAUCAAUCACAAGUGGACGAAUGAGGAGAUCAAGGCUAGACUGGCGAAGCGCAACGAGCUGCGUAAACGCUUCGACCCACAGGAACGCCAGCGGCUGGCCAACCUUGUGGAGGAAGCGGCCCGGCGAGGCGACGACCAAAGGGUUGAGGAGCUCCAAGCAGAACUGGAGAAGCUGGGUAGAGAACGGCUUGCCUUCAAAACUAGCUUGGGACCGUCGAAAAACCCAGAGGCCACCAAAGCUUCUUCGGAACAGGACCGACUGGCGGAACGUAACCGCGAGAAUCGUCGGCUCAACCAGGAGGCAGUCCGAAAGGCUCAGCUCAAAGAAAAGGCCAAGGCGCGAGAGAUCGAGAUGGCCCUUAAGCGCGGCGAGCCAGAAGCUCCAAAGGACAACGGCUCGGCCGCGGCGACCAACGGGACCAAGGGCCCUUCGUCAUCUCAGAUACUGCCGCACCUGGCGAAGCUGCAAGAGAAGCACUACUCUGAGAACAAGGGUCUGCCGACGAUCCACAAGCCCAUCAUGGAUGACGACGUUAUUGGAGCGCUGGACUUGGAGAUUGACGUGGAAAUCUGA